GGGAUUCUGCGGUCAGACCCUAGGAAACUCAUAUAAGAGGCAGAACGUGUUUGCAAAUGUUAGUUUGCGGUGUAAAUUGUAAAUCGAUCGUUGGUGUUCUCUUCGUUGGUGUUAUUUCCAUCCAGCCAUUGAUUUUUAAUAUAAGUCCUUCUAAAUGUCAUCCGAGGAGCCGCUUGUGGUGGAGGUAGUGCACUUGUAUGAGAAGGAGAAUGCUGAAGCUCAUCGCACCUUCAACUUCGAGAUGGUUCAUCAAGAUCCGGCGACCCCUGUCCUCCGACGAGGACAGCCCUUCAAUAUGGCUCUGAGAUUCAAUCGCGAAUACGUAGACGCGACCGAUAUCGUUCGGUUGCUCUUUAGCUUCGGUCCAAAUCCGAACGUGUUAAGAGGUACCAGGGGGGUGAACACUGUCACCAACAAUGAUGCCUAUCUGACUGAUUUAGAGGCUUGGGGAGUACGAUUGAUCGGCGCUCACGGAAUGGAUCUCUCCGUCGAGGUGAGGAGCCCGAUCGAUAGCCCCGUAGGAGUAUGGCAAUUGAACGUGGAAACCAAUACUCUCGGCAGGAGGAAGGAGCCGAAUACUUAUAGCUACGACAAGGAUAUCUACCUAUUGUUCAAUCCGUGGAUGAAAGAGGACCUGGUGUUUAUGGAGGACGAGCAAUUGCUCGACGAGUACAUCCUUAAUGACGUUGGGAAGAUAUGGGUAGGUCCAUGGGGUAGUUCUCGUGGCAGAGAAUGGAUCUUUGGACAGUUCGAUGCGUGUGUACUACCGGCUUGCCAGCUGUUGCUCGAGAGAUCCGGUAUUAAGGCAAUUUCCAGAGGCGAUCCGGUCAGAAUGGCUCGAGCAAUCUCUAGAAUCGUGAACUCCAAUGAUGAUAAAGGCGUGUUAACCGGCCGCUGGGACGGUCAAUACGACGACGGUACCGCACCGGCUGCCUGGACCGGAAGCGUGCCGAUUCUGGAGCAGUUCUGGGAGACCGGCAACGAAGUCAAGUACGGUCAGUGUUGGGUUUUCGCCGGUGUCAUCACCACGGUAUGUCGCGCUCUGGGAAUCCCGUCGCGAGUGGUAUCCAACUUGGUGUCGGCUCAUGACGCCAACGCAUCAUUGUCGGUAGACCGUUAUUAUGAUUUGAAUAACGAGGAACUCGAGUACGAUCCAAACAAUCCAUUGGGCGAAGAUUCCAUCUGGAAUUACCACGUAUGGAACGACGUGUGGAUGGCGAGGCCGGAUUUACCCAAGGGCUACGGAGGUUGGCAGGCCAUCGAUGCCACUCCGCAAGAACAAUCCGAUAACUUUUAUCAAUGCGGACCGGCAUCGGUGGAGGCUAUCAGGCAGGGCGCUGUCGGUUACAAUUAUGACGUGACCUUUAUGGUAGCGUCUGUGAACGCGGAUCUAAUGAGAUGGAAGGAAGAUCCGGAGAGCGAUCUGGGAUAUUCUAAAAUCGAUUGCAACAAGUAUCACAUCGGUCGAAUGAUUCUGACAAAGGCACCGUGGAUCUUUGAUCCUAACGGAGACAAGGACAGACAGGACAUAACGUCUCUCUAUAAGGCCAAGGAAGGCACUGAAGUUGAGAGAUUGACCUUGUACAGAGCGGUGCGCAGCACCGAGAUGGCAAAGAGAUUCUACUCGCUGCCAUCGCCUGGUAAAGAGGACGUGGAAUUCGAUCUCGUCGAACUGGAACGCGUCAACAUCGGCGAGCCAUUUGCCGUGACUGUGGACAUCAAGAACAAAUCCAAUGAGACACGCACCAUCCAGGCCAUCCUGUCCGCCGGCAGUGUUUAUUAUACUGGAGUUAAGGCAAAUCUGGUGAAGAGAGCGUCCGGCGACUUUGCGCUUCAACCGAACGCCGUCGAACAGUUGAGACUCACGGUGACGGUGGACGAUUAUUUAGACAAGUUGGUAGAGUAUUGCAUCAUGAAGCUGUAUUGCAUUGCCACAGUUAAGGAAACUCGGCAAACCUGGGCGGACGAGGAUGAUUUUCAGGUUUUAAAACCGAAUAUCGACGUCAAGAUCGAAGGUGAACCUGUUGUCGGACAACCAUCAACCAUCACAUUGAGCUUCAAGAAUCCCUUGAAGAGGAAUUUGACCAAUUGCCAGUUCAAUUAUGCCGGACCCGGUCUCUCCAGGAAUAAGACCCUGGUCUUCAGAGACGUCGAACCUGAAGAGGAUGUUUACGUGGAGCAUCAGCUCGUACCGCAAAAGUCCGGAGAGCAAAAGAUAAUCGCCACUUUCACCUCCAAGCAAUUGGUCGACAUCACCGGUUGCGCAACAGUUGACGUCCUUGAGGCUGAAUGAACAAUCAUCAGCCGUGACCGAUUUUGAUUCAAAAUAAGUGCCAUGCAAAGUGCGUCGAGCGCAUUUUAUCAAAUCGCGUUACAACAAGAUAUUUUGACCCUAUCUAGAUAUUAUAUAUUUAAUAUAAUACGUCUAAUAUAUGAUGUUUCUUAUAAUUAAAUCUAUCUCAUAAGGAAUUUGCAUUAAACAAUUUUGAAUAUAUAUCUAUAGUAUCAAUAUAUCAACAAUAGAGAAGGUUGAUGAUAAGCGUCAAUGAAAGUAAUAUGUGGUGGGAAAGCCAAUGAGAAAUUAGCAUUUUAAAAAUGGGGAGCACGAAAUAUAUAGUAACAUACCGAAAUAAAUAAAAAACUUUUUCAUUUUA